UGUUUUGAUUCUGGCUUCUCGUGAUGGAUGGGAAAAUAAACGCGUGUGAGAAUCUCGUAAGUAAAAGUGUGGUGUUUUCUUUAAAUUUUACAUUUUCCUUGUAAUAUCGCAUAAUGGACGAAGAACCAACAUCGAAUCAUGGUGCAAAUCAUUUGAAGAAUCGCAACAAAAAGCGCAAAUCAGCCCAGAAACGUUUCCUCCAGAAUGCCAAAGGUUUCGGGCGGAAAAACAGUUUCGGUCGUGGAGCCGAACUGGAGCAGGACGAGUACAACUAUUUCGUGGAAAUUUUGGAAGCUUUGGGCACGAUCGCGUCGGACAAUGGCGAGGAACGUUCGACCAUGGCAAACAACGUGUACGAACAGGCGCGGGGGAAAGAGAUUAAGGUUUCGUCCAACCAGCUGAGCAGUCGAGUGCUGGAGAACUUGCUGGGCUUUACGGAUGAAGGUACGCUGGAGCAUGUGAUUGAAGUGUUCGGGGAGAACUUUCGGGUGCUCUGCUGCGAUCGUUUUGCGUCCCAUGUGCUGCAGAAAGCGCUGCUUGUGGCGAUGGUGAGAUGUGUUGCGGGAUUGCAGGUAGAAGUGGAGCAGGACGAUGGAGCUGUGGUGGCUCACAAAAAACAAAAAUCAGAUGUGGGACGUGAGCUGGAGUAUAAUUUAAAGGAGGAAUUUGGGGAAGGACAUCGGAAAAUUUGCGGAAAAUUCGUUAAAAAAGUUGCGAAGUUUUUGCUAAAUAAUCUGGAGGAGUUCGUGUGGGAUUCGUUCGGGAAUUACGUGAUUCGGCAGUGUGUGCUGAACUUAGCAGGAAUUUUGGAAUUGAAGACGGGGAAAGGGGAAGCCGUGGAAGUGAAGAAGUUAACGGUUCCCGAAAAGUGGACAAAACUGAUAAACGAUUUUAGUAGUCGUCUUUUGGCGUGGCCACAGUUUGCGGAAUUCCCUUACAAUGAAUUUACGUCGGUGCUAUUGCAGAACCUACUGACGGCUUUAGAAAGAAGUGAGGACAAGUACCAAUUAGAAUUAAUCAAUGAGAAACUUAUGAGUGAAAGCCUGCUUCUGGAAGUGAAGGAACAGGAUGAUAACGAAGAGGGACAGGAAGAUCAUUCAAAUCUUCCAAAAGUGUUCCAACAGGACAGUUCUAUAAGGCUUCUGGAAGCAAUGUUGGCUGUAGCUGAUGCAGAGUUCUUAAAAGAUCAACUAUACAAGAAGCUUUUUCAAGGCAAAAUCGUAGAAUUGAGUAAAUUACGGGGUACAAACUUUGCAGUUCAGAAGCUGCUUGAUAACAUUUCCGACAAGCAUAUCCUUGAACACAUUUUCUCUGAAUUCGACGGAGGAUUGGAGGAGAUUCUUCAGUUAGGUCACACUGGUGUGGUAGCUUCCCUAGCAAAGGCUUGCGCACGGCUUUCAUGCCAACAAGGCAAGUUUAUCAAACUUCUGUUGGAUGGUUUGCAUUGUUCAGAAACGGGAGGCGAUAAACUGCUCACAUCGGUACUGAAAUUGAUGCCGCCGGAGGUAGUUGCCAAGCAGGAAUCAGCACAAAUUCACAUUCACGGAUCGAUUAUUUUACAAUCGGUUCUGGAUUUCAACAAGCCCAUCAAGCUCGUAUCAGCCAUUCUUGACACAAAAAGCGAUCAAUUGGCAAAGAUUUUCACUGACCCGAAAGGAUCGUUCGUCGUUAACGCCUUCAUCAGGUCCAAGUUCGUCGGUGAAAAAUCCCGGGAGAAGCUGAUCCGCCACAUGGAGGGAUGCUACAUGGAUUUGGCUCUUUCGUCGCACGGUUCUCGAGUGCUAGAACUAUUGUACGAAGCGGCUGGGCCGGCACUUAAGGAAUCCAUCGUUAAGGAGCUAUCCGAGCGGAUAGCACAGCUGAACAGCAAACCGUGGGGUGCCAUCAUCAAUCGAAAGCUGCUGGUGGAGACAUACAGAAACAAUCCGACGCAGUGGAAAAAUGCCAAGGCGAGCAGUGGUGACAAGGUGGGUCGAAUGUUCGACAAACUGAUCGAUGGCGGAGGCGGGAAAAAACGUAAGUGAAUUAUUUUUCAUAUACACUUUACUUUUGUUUAGCCUAAGGAUUGUUUGGAGAAAUGCUUUUCAUCAAAUAUAUGGAACAAAAAGAA